AUGACUGACGCCCCUCUCAAAGUGGCUAUCCUGAUCGUCUCGACGACAGCGUCCAAGGACCCUUCGACAGACAAGUCUGAACUCGUCCUUAGAGAUGUCAUCGAGAACGAAGGUGGCGGAAAAUGGAAAGUCACAGAGACCAAGAUCGUGCAAGACCAUGUGCCUCAAAUCCAGCGCCAGAUUAUGCUCUGGGCAGACCUUGGCCCAAUCGAAGGAGUCAAUCUUAUCCUAACCACUGGCGGGACUGGCUUCGCAGUAUCAGAUAACACACCUGAGGACCGCCCCAGGCCUGGUCCACGCAAUGCUGGCCUCGUCUCUGGCUGUGACUCCAUCACCCUAUUUAAGGCCGUACUGACAGCAGCAGUUGCCAUGAUGUCCAGGCCGGUGGCAGGCACUCGCAACACUACUGUCAUCGUCACGCUACCUGGCUCUCCUAAAGGUGCCAAGGAGAACUUACAAGCCAUCCUUAAAACAUUGCCUCACGCAUGCGUACAGGCCGCCGGUGCAGACUCUAGAAUCCUCCACGAAGGCGGGGUAAAGAAGCUUGAACACAGAGAGUCACCGUACCCCAUGUUAGAGGUGGAUGAUGCCCUGCGACUCAUCAAGGAUUUUACUCCCGAGGCUGAAGUCGUGACUUCCAAACUCGGCGUUAACCUGGUGAACUCGGUACUAGCGGAAGAUGUUACAGCGAGAGAAAGCGUUCCGGCGUUUAGGGCGAGCAUUGUUGAUGGGUAUGCCGUGGUCGUGCCAGAGGAUGGCAACAUGAAGGGUGUCUUCCCCGUUGCCGCAGUAUCCCACGCCGCUCCCGGCAAUGUGAAGGGCCUUAAGGAAGGCGAAAUCGCUAGGAUAACGACAGGGGCCCCUCUGCCGCCGGGAGCCACUUCCGUCAUCAUGGUUGAAGAUACCGUCUUGAAAUCCAUGACCAAAGACGAAAAGGAGGAGAAGGAGGUCGAGAUCCUCGCCGACGGCGUGAAGCCCGGCGAGAACAUCCGCGAAGUCGGGAGCGAUAUCCAGGAGAACGACGUGAUUCUCAGAAAGGGAGAACAGAUCUCCGGCGUCGGCGGUGAGAUUGGACUCCUCGCGGCCGUUGGCGUCGCCGAGGUCAAGACCUAUAAGCGCCCGGUCGUCGGCAUCCUCUCGACGGGCGACGAGAUCAUUGAGCCGGAUCGCCCCGGCGGCCUCCGCCUUGGUGAGGUUCGCGAUACAAACCGCAUCACGCUCAUGUCCGCUGCGCGCCAGUGGGGCUUCGAGGUCAUCGACCUUGGCAUCGCACGCGACAAGGCUAACUCGCUCGAGGAGAACCUGCGCGAGGGCCUGCGCCGCAGCGACCUACUCAUCACCACGGGUGGCGUUUCGAUGGGUGAGCUUGACCUCCUGAAGCCGACGAUAGAGCGGUCCCUUGGCGGCACGAUCCACUUCGGUCGUGUGGCCAUGAAGCCUGGCAAGCCCACCACAUUCGCCACGGUGCCGGUCAAGACGACCCUCGGCGAGCGAGUCACCAAGACCGUCUUCUCUCUACCCGGAAACCCGGCGUCGGCUCUUGUGACCUUCCACCUCUUCGUCCUACCGGCACUGCACAAGCUCUCUGGCAUCGAGCCUACAGGGUUGCCCAAGGUGCCCGUCACCCUAGCCCAUGAUUUCUCUCUUGACAAGGUGCGACCGGAAUACCAUCGCGUGAUUGUCACAGUAGGGAAGGAUGGGUCACUCUCGGCUAGCAGCACUGGUGGCCAGAGGAGCUCAAAGGUUGGCAGCUUGAAGUCUGCGAACGCAUUGCUUGCUUUGCCAACGGGCUCGGAGCCGUUGAAGAAGGGAAGCAAGGUUGAGGCCCUUCUGAUGGGAGACAUCCGUAUGGAACUUUGA